GCCACCGAGGUGCCCUAUGCCAUUGCCACGGAUAACCUGCAGUGUCGGGAGAGGAGGCAGCCCCCAGACCUGGUCAGUGAUGAGGUGGAGAGAGAGUUGCUGAAGGAAGCUGAACUUAUCAGAAAUAUCCAGGAGCUUUUGAAAAGGACCUUGAUGCAAGCUGUUAACCAGAUGAGGUUAAAUCGAGCUCACCAAGAGGUUUGUGAAAGGGACUGGUCAGACAAAGUCCAAACGUACAACGUGGAUGAGAAGUGUGGGAGAUACAGCAACCAGAACACCAACAUCCAGUUCCACCCUGCCUCAGUGAAGGUUGAAGAGAGUGCCUCAACACCAGAGACAUGGGCCAAAUUCAGUCAUGACAACAUCUCUAGGGCAGAAGGAGAGAAAAUGGCUUCCACCAACCUCCGUGCCUUGAUUGACAAUGUCCUUCAUGAUGCCUCUGAGGACCUGAGGCUGCAAUGUGCUGCUGUUAAUGAGGCUUUUGCCAAACACUUCGAGGAGCUGAGUGAUGCAAAACACAAGCUGGAGCAUCAGCUGAACAAGACCCUUAAGGAGAUUGGAGAUCAAGAAGCCAACAUUGCUGCUCUCAAACAAGCCAUCAAAGACAAAGAAGCCCCCAUGAAAGUUGCUCAGACCAGGCUGUAUGACAGGUCUUUUAGGCCCAACGUUGAGCUCUGCAGAGAUGAUGCACAAUUCAGGUUGAUCAGUGAAGUUGAAGAACUAACUGAAUCCAUUGAAUCUCUGAAGAAAAAGCUGCUGGAAUCUGAACAGACCCUCAGGAACCUGGAAGACACACGGAUGGAUUUAGAAAAAGAGAUAGCUGUGAAAACAAACAGUAUUUUCAUUGAUAAGCAGAAGUGCAUGGCCCACCGUGCACACUACCCUGCUGUGCUGAAGUUAGCAGGGUACCAGCAGUGA